UUUCGUGAAUUCAUGUGGCGCAUCAAGAACGUGCGUCUAGCGGCGGCUGCCUGCCGCGCGUUGCCGGAUGGCCACGCCACAAAGGUCGCGCGCACUUCGCUGCCAACAAUGGCAUGCCGUCAUCUUCACAGUCAAAAAGCCGCUGUUGCAUCCUGUCUGGACAAGCACGACUGGCGCACGUCAUCCCGUCGUGUGACUGUGGCAAUGGCCGCGCUUGGACUCGGUGCGGCUUUGGUUUCGUUAUCCGCAGCCCAUAUGGAAGGAAUGCAUGCUGCAGCGGACCUACCACUGAAGGAAGGCAUGGACGAACUCGAAACUAUCGUGCCCGGUGCAUUCAAACCAGAACUGCCUACGUACAAACUCGCCGAAGUGGCGUCGCAUGCGAGCAUCCGCGACGGCGGGGUGUGGGUCGUGUACAAGAACGGCGUGUAUGAUGUGUCCAAGUUCAUCGGCAAGCAUCCCGGCGGAACGAAAAUCCUCCUUGCCGCGGGGAAGUCCAUCGAGCCGUUCUGGCAAAUUUACGCUGCUCACAACCACACCGACGUGCACGCGAUUCUCGAAGGUCUGCGGGUCGGAAACUUGGACCAGGACGAUGUCAAAGCUCUCGAGGAAGAGCAACUGAAGAAGUUUGGCGACGGGCCGUAUGCAAACGACCCCGAGCGCAACCCACUGUUCAAGAUUAACGCGAGUCAACCUUUCAACGCCGAACCUCCCGCAGAGCUCCUCACAGAGUCGUUCAUCACGCCCAACGAUCUCUUUUUUGUGCGCAACCAUCUUCCCGUGCCCGACAUCGAUCCGUCUACGUUCAAGUUGGACAUCUCCGGCCUCGGGAUUCGAUCGGGCAACCCCGACCAACCCAACACGGUGUCGUUCACGCUGGACGAGCUCAAGAACAACUUCAAGCAGCACACCAUCGUGACGACGAUUCAAUGCGCGGGGAACCGUCGCGCCGAAAUGUCCGCCAUCAAGCCUGUGAAAGGGCUGAGCUGGGACACCACAGCCGUCUCGACCGCGACGUGGACUGGCGUGUUGCUCUCGGAUGUGCUGGCGUAUGUCGGGGUGUCGGAAGCCCAGCACUGCCGCGCCUUCCCGACCGCGUGCCCUACCUGCUCCAACCUCCCUCUCGACCCCAACGGUCGCUCCACGGCGGACUGCCCGACGACCAUCGAGCAUUGUCAUUUGGAAGGGCUGGAUAAAGACCCGACGGGCCAGUGCUAUGGCGCGUCCAUCCCGAUAUCGACCGCCUUGGACCCGCGCAAGGAUGUGCUGCUGGCGUACAGCAUGAAUGGCGAACCUAUCCCGCGCGACCACGGCUUCCCGCUUCGUGCGAUUGUGCCCGGCACAGUCGGAGCGCGCAACGUCAAGUUCCUUGGCCGCGUCGUACUCGCCCACGAAGAGUACCAGGGUUUCUGGCAGCAAAAGGACUACCGGGGGUUCUCGCCCAUGGUGGAUUACUCGACGCCAGACUUUGGCGCGUUCGCCGGUCCGAGCAUUCAAGAGCUGCCUGUGCAAUCGGCCAUCACGGAGCCCAAGCCGUCGGGGGUGUGGCCUCCAGAGGGCUCGGAGGAGGUGGACGUCAUGACGAUCAAGGGGUAUGCGUGGAGCGGCGGCGGACGCAACAUCAUCCGCGUGGAUGUGUCGCUCGACGGUGGCCAGACGUGGCGAGAAGCGACGCUCGAUCCGAUGGGGAUGCGCCAGAAGUACAAUCGCGCAUGGGCAUGGACUCCCUGGACGCUGGACGUCGACAUCGACGAUGCCACGACCCACGUGAACCUUGUGUGCAAGGCAGUCGACUCGUCGUACAACGUCCAGCCCGACUCGAUCGGGCCGAUCUGGAACAUGCGCGGUGUACUCAACAAUGCGUGGCACCGCGUCGAUGUCACGAUCCAAAAGCCACCGCCGUCAGAUGCCGACAGCAACGACACAGAGAAAUCUGACAAGUAGAUGAGAGUGCUGACGACGUAGAAUACGAUAACAAUACAUGGAGGUACGAGGCUGCAUUGCUGGACAAUGUAGCGACGUCGUCGUAUGAGCUCAGCGAUCGACCGAGUUCGCAGACUCCUGUCCAUUUGUGCCUGCUCCUCGUCCUUCGCCAUGCAGAAAUAACAAGGACGUCGGAGGUGUCGCCCCGCGUCGCGCUGAUGCCACGCAACUCAUGCAUGUUGCGACGGC